GACGUACUACAAGUCCCAGAAUGCAUCAGCAAGGAGUCGUCACAAGUCCAAAUGGACUAGCGUCUUCCUCCGAAAGAGCAUUCUUCAUUUUCACUCCGUUUGAUGAUUCCUAACACAGGAUAAGACGGGUCGCAUUUGGCUACAGAACCAAAUAAGCGAAUGUUCAGAUCAGAACAUUUAAAGUUUCCUGAAGGAAGUGGAGGUGGAUCGCUCUGAAGAUGCGGAGACUGUCUCGAAAGAAAGCCCUCAAUUUUGUGAAGGAGCUGGACGCUUUCCCCAAAGUUCCCGAGAGUUAUGUUGAGACAUCUGCAAGUGGUGGAACCGUGUCUUUGGUGGCCUUCACGGCCAUGGCACUCCUGGCCUUCUUUGAAUUUUUUGUGUAUCGGGACACGUGGAUGAAAUACGAAUAUGAGGUGGAUAAAGAUUUUUCAAGUAAAUUAAGAAUCAACAUAGAUAUUACAGUCGCCAUGAGGUGCCAAUUUGUAGGUGCAGAUGUGUUGGAUCUGGCUGAAACAAUGGUAGCAUCAGAUGGCCUUCAGUAUGAACCGGUUGUAUUUGAGUUGUCCCCUCAACAGAGGCUGUGGCACAGGACACUUCUGCUGGUUCAGAACCGGCUGCGGGAGGAGCACUCCCUCCAGGACGUCAUCUUCAAGAGUGUCAUGAAAGUAGGCCCCACCGCACUGCCACCAAGAGAGGACGAUCCCACGCAGCCACUCAACGCGUGUAGGAUACACGGACACCUCUAUGUUAAUAAAGUGGCUGGCAAUUUCCACAUCACAGUCGGCAAGGCCAUCCCGCACCCAAGAGGCCAUGCGCACCUCGCUGCGCUGGUCAGCCAUGAAACAUACAACUUCUCCCAUCGAAUAGACCACCUGUCCUUUGGUGAAGAACUCCCGGGCAUACUGAACCCACUCGAUGGAACAGAAAAAGUGUGCACAGAUCAUAAUCAGAUGUUUCAGUACUUCAUCACCAUUGUUCCCACCAAACUGGAAACGUACAAGGUGUCUGCUGAUACACAUCAGUACUCUGUUACAGAACGGGAGCGGGUGAUAAACCAUGCAGCGGGCAGUCACGGCGUGUCAGGCAUCUUUAUGAAAUACGAUGUCAGCUCCCUCAGGGUGUUGGUGACAGAGCAGCACAUGCCACUCUGGCAGUUCCUGGUGCGCUUAUGUGGCAUCAUUGGGGGCAUCUUCUCCACCACAGGUAUGCUGCAUGGCCUGGUUGGCUUCUGUGUAGAUGUUGUCUGCUGUCGCUUCAAACUAGGAGUCUAUAAGCCCAAAGGGAUCAGCCUUCUCGAUGGCCACGUGAACAGCCAAACACAUCUACUCUCCGAGAACAACGAGCACUAGCAUCCCUGCUCUGGUCCUGAGAUUCUUCCAUUCACGACACAAGCACACCCACGGACCCCGCUGUAUUAUCCACCUCAUUGCCAUUGUGGUAUCGUGAAGGGCCGUCUCCACAAAGCACAAAACUCCAACUCAGACUGUAAACAAACAAGAAUUGAUCGUUUAUCACCAACAGCAUGAAUAAUCAUUUCUGCCUGUCUAAGCAAGAUAUGUUAUUCUUGAGAAGGAGGUUUGAUCAUAGUCCAGUUUGUUUACACUCCAUUUCCACACCAGCUGCAUAUGUUCAUUUAAUUUAUUUAUUAUAUGCAGUUAGUUAUUGUGCUUGUGAGAGGCAGCUCUUUCAUCCCAACAGUAACCUGAGGGGUUACACACCAUGACACAUCUCAGAACAGCCAUCACAACAAAAUGGUCUUUUACUUACAGACACAUCCUUGUUUAUCCAUCUGAUACCAGUGAGACCGGCCCUAUGAUUAUGAUCAUUAUAGAUAUAUUAGGCUUAAUUUUAAAAAAUCAGGUUUAAUUAAUCAGUAAACCCUGUACAACACAAAUUAAUCUUGGCAGUAUUAUGAUUUGCAUUGGGUUCAGAUGGUAUUCAGAUGAAUUCGUUUAGAUGCUUGGAGGGGGUAAGGUUUUAUCAGCUGGACACUUUUCUCAGGAUAAUGUGCAUGAUGUUUAUUUUUAUCCUAAAUCAUCUCAGUGAGAUGACUGGUGGUUAAAAAUAUCAUGCAGAUAAGAUAUGGAAGAAGAAUCUGUGUCAAAUGACAUCAUGUGUACCUGUUUACAGUUAGUUGACUGAACUGUGGUCUUAAAACAUUUGUAGGUGGAUGAUGCUUUAAUUACACCAUUAAAAAAACAGAAGUAACACUGUAAUACAAAUGUAUAAGGAAACUGGUGGAACACAUUUGUAAUUGGUUUUCUACUGAAUUUUUUUUUCCCUUGAUAAACAUAAUUUGUGCAA